AUGAGGCUUCUGCUGCUGACUCUUCUUCUCCUUACUCUUCUACCCCAAGUGAUACCAGACUAUGGUGCUGAUAAAAGAUGCUCGAGACAUUUUGGGAUCUGCAGGAACAACUGCAAAGAAGAAGAAGUGUCCGUGGCAUUGUGCAAACACUACCGACUCUGCUGUGUUCCGGAUACCAGCAGCUACAACCAAAAGGCCUCCAGCACUGGAACCACAAAGGAAACCAUUACGAUAGAGUAUGAUAUGUCCUCAGACUUCAUGGAUGUACUUACUUAA